AUGAUCACUCUCAUAUGGAUUGAUCCCAGACUCCACACUCCUAUGUACUUUUUUCUUAGGCACUUGUCCUUUGUAGAUAUUUGUUCCUCUUCUUCUGUUUCCCCUAAGAUGCUGUGUAAUAUCUUUGCAGAGAAAAAAGGCAAUUUUCUGGGUUGUGCUGCACAGAUGUGGUUCUUUGGUCUCUUUGAGGCAACUGAGUGUUUUCUCCUGGCUGCCAUGGCAUAUGACCGGUAUGUGGCCAUCUGCAAGCCCUUGUUGUAUACGCUCAUUAUGUCUCAGCAGGUCUGUAUGCAGCUGGUGGUAGGGCCUUAUGCCAUGGCUCUUAUAAGCACCAUGACUCAUACAAUUUUCACUUUUUGCUUACCCUUUUGUGGUUCAAAUAUUAUCAAUCACUUUUUCUGUGAUAUUUUUCCACUGCUUUCCCUAGUAUGUGCAGACACCUGGGUGAAUAAAUUUGUGCUGUUUGUCUUGGCUGGAGCUAUAGGAGUACUCAGUGGUCUGAUCAUCAUGGCCUCCUAUAUUUGCAUCCUGAUGACCGUCUUGAAGAUCCAGACUGCUGAUGGGAAGCAAAAAGCUUUCUCCACCUGUUUUUCUCACCUUGCAGCUGUCUCCAUCCUGUAUGGGACUCUUUUCUUGAUUUAUGUUUGGCCAAGUUCAAGUUCCUCCCUGGGUAUCAAUAAAGUGAUUUCUCUAUUUUACACUGUGGUAAGCCCCAUGGUUAACCCCCUUAUUUACAGCUUGAGGAAUAAGGAGGUGAAAGACGCAUUCAGAAGAAAAUUUGAAAGGAAAAAAUUUAUUAUAGGUUAAAUCAGAGAAAUGGACUGUAGAAAUCAAACUUUGGUUACUGAACUUUUUUUCGUGGGAUUAACAAAUCUCUUUCAGCACGAGGUGGCUCUCUUUCUGGUAUUUCUCUUUGUUUAUCUCGUCACUGUUCUGGGAAACUUGGGAAUGAUCACUCUUAUUUGGAUGGAUUCUCGACUCCACACCCCUAUGUACUUUUUUCUCAGCCACUUGUCCUUUGUGGAUGUCUGCUCCUCUUCUGCCAUCAGUCCCAAGAUGCUGACUGAUAUCUUCGUGGAGAAAAAAGUCUGUGUGCAGCUGGUGGUGGGGCCUUAUGCCGUGGGCCUUAUAAGCACCAUGACCCAUCCGACUUUCACUUUUUGCCUACCCUACUGUGGUCCAAACAUCAUCAAUCACUUCUUCUGUGACCUUCUCCCUGUUCUCUCCCUGGCAUGUGCAGAUACCCAUAUUAAUAAACGUUUGCUUUUUAUCUUGGGGGGUGGCCCUGGGAGUACUCAGUGGUGUGAUAAUCUUGGUCUCCUACAUGUACAUUGUCAUUGCCAUCCUGAGGAUUCGCUCUGCUGAUGGGAGACACAAAGCCUUCUCC